AUGGCCGCCUCCCUCGCCGCACACUGCAGCCCCGCCACCUUCGGCACGCCGUCCCUCUUCGGCGGCAGCGUCCUCAACGUCCACGCGAGCUACGUGACCAACUUCUCCGCCUCGGCCCCGGACACGGCGCGCUUCAUCGCGCCCUCGGUAAGGCUCACCGACGCCAGCUUCUGCAACGUGACGGUCGAGUACACGCACCCGGGCCAGGCGGACCGCGUCUCCGUCGAGACGUGGCUGCCCGACGCGGGCCGCUGGAACGGGCGCUUCCAGGCCGUCGGCGGCGGCGGGUGGCGCGCGGGCCGGUUCGCCCUGACCUACGGCCUGCAGGUCGGCGCGCUGGCCGACGGGUUCGCCACGACCUCGACCGACGCCGGCGUCGGCCAGCUGGGCCUCCCCGGCUGGGCGCUGCUGAGCCCCGGGAACCCGAACCUGCACAAGCUCAACAACUUUGCCAACGUGGCGCUGCACGAUCAGGCGGUGAUAGGCAAGGCUCUGAUCAACAGCUACUACGGCUCGGCGCCCAAGUACUCGUACUUCACGGGGUGCUCGACGGGCGGGCGCAUGGCGCUCGCCAUCGCGCAGCGGUACCCGGAGGACUUUGACGGCAUCGCGGCGUCGGCGCCCGCCAUCAACAACCCCGAGCUCGCCGCCUUCCUCUACUGGCCGCAGCAGGUCAUGAGCGAGCAGGCCGGCGGGUACGUGCCCUACCCGUGCGAGAUACUCGCCGUGACGGCCGCCGCGGUGGCCGCCUGCGACGGGCUCGACGGCGUGCAGGACGGCAUCAUCGCGCGGCCCGGCGACUGCCAGCGGGUCUUUGACCCGCUGUCGGUGGUGGGCAGGGAGAUCGCGUGUCCGCAGGCCGGCGGCGGCGGCGGCGCCAGGGUCAAGAUCAGCAGGGCGGCGGCGGUCGUCGUCAGGGAGACGUGGGCGGGCAUGCCGACCAAGAGGGGCAGGGACUUGCUCAAAGGCCUGCGUCCGGGGGCGCUGCUGACGGACCCGGCUGUCUUGACGAUCGUGACGACCAACUGCGACGGUGGGAAGUGCGUUCAGGCGCCUAAUUCUCUGGGCACCGACUUCAUGAAAUACUUCUUUGCGAAAGACCCCAUGGUCACCAUCGCGAACUUGACCAGAGAGCAGUUUGUCGAGUAUCUAUACCAGUCGCAGUACUACAACUCGAUCAUUGGAUCGAAUGACCCGGAUCUCACUCCUUUCCACAAGGCUGGAGGGAAGCUCAUCUCCAUGCAUGGGCUAGCCGAUGAGCUGCUCCCCGACCACCAGACGGCCGAGUACUACGAUGCGGUCGACAAGAUCACGGGCAACGUGCACGACUUCUUUCGCUACUUCGAGGUGCCCGGUAUGGGCCACUGCCAGGGCGGCAAGAGCGGGCAGCCGAACCAGCUCAUGCAGCAGUUGAUGGACUGGGUGGAGAAGGGCACCGCCCCCGAGUCCACGCCUGUCAAGCUCAACGUGUCGAACACGAUUCACAACCGCAUCUUGUGCCCAUACCCGCAACGGGCAGAGUUCAACAGGGGGUGCGGAGACCCGACAAAGGAGCACUGCUGGUCCUGCAAGGCCAGAAAGCCUUGCAAAAAGGCCAGAUGA